GGUGGUCAUGGCAUGAGCAGCCUUAUGGAGAGGACCAUGUGGUGAGGAACUCAGCUGACAGCCAUGUAACUGACCUUGGAAGAGGAUCUUGCUGUCCUGGCCAGCAUCCCACUGCAAAUCUACCAGGUGCAUUCCCUGGAUAGUCCAAGCUUUGUGAAUCCCUCCACUGGAACCACUGGAUCCCACUAUCUGAAUCUUGAAUCUUAGACUCUUAUACUUCAAACACUGAAUCACAGGAACACCUGGUUAAGCUGCUCCUGAGUUCUGGAUGCUCAGAACAUGGGUGCUGGACACAGGAGAGCAGCUGAUGGUCCCCAUGGAAGUCCUGGAAGUGGAUAACGAGGGGGCCCUGUGGAAGUUUCUGCUCUCAGGAGCUAUGGCCGGGGCGGUGUCUCGCACAGGCACAGCCCCUCUGGACAGAGCCAAGGUGUACAUGCAGGUCUACUCCAAGACCAACUUCACCAACCUGCUCGGGGGGCUACAGAGCAUGGUCCGGGAGGGGGGCCUCCGCUCCCUGUGGCGGGGCAACGGCAUCAACGUGCUCAAGAUCGCUCCCGAGUAUGCCAUCAAGUUCUCCGUAUUCGAGCAGUGCAAAAACUACUUCUGUGGAAUACAAGGGUCCCCGCCCUUCCAGGAGCGUCUCCUGGCCGGCUCCCUGGCUGUGGCCAUCUCCCAGACCCUCAUCAACCCCAUGGAGGUGCUGAAGACCCGGCUGACCUUGCGCCGGACGGGCCAGUACAAGGGGCUGCUGGACUGUGCCAGGCAGAUCUUGGAGCAGGAAGGCACCCGCGCCCUUUACCGCGGCUACCUGCCUAAUAUGCUCGGCAUUAUCCCCUAUGCCUGCACGGACCUGGCCGUCUAUGAGAUGCUCCGGUGCUUCUGGCUGAAGUCAGGCAGGGAUAUGGGGGACCCCAGCGGCCUGGUCAGUCUGUCAUCUGUGACGCUGUCCACGACCUGUGGCCAGAUGGCCAGCUACCCACUGACGCUGGUGCGCACCAGGAUGCAGGCCCAAGACACCGUGGAGGGCUCGAACCCCACCAUGCGCGCAGUCUUCCGGCGGAUCCUGGCCCAGCAGGGCUGGCUAGGGCUGUACCGAGGCAUGACCCCCACGCUACUGAAGGUGUUACCAGCAGGUGGCAUCAGCUAUGUGGUGUAUGAAGCCAUGAAGAAAACCCUGGGUGUAUAGGCUCUGAGCUGGACGACAGCCUAGGCUGAAAUGGGAUAGGCGGACCUAAUGACCCCUGGCCCCAAAGAGCCUUCAAGGCCUCAAGGUUCAGGCCCUGGAGCAGUUUUUGGUGGCAAAAGCAGGCUCAGGGUUGCCGGCGGAGUUGCUCGGUCAGAAGAUUCCUGAGGCUCCCUCCCCAGGAUGUAGCCUGAGACAAGAAACUUCGACUGCUGUCUGGGUCCUUGUGGGUCCACCUGGCUCCAGGGUGGAAUGGUGAACAUGGCAGACAAACAGGAAUAAAGAGAUAGU